GCAAACCUGGAGGCUGAGGCUUGGAAACUUGGUAUGUACACGUACGCCUAGCCGAAUUUGGGCUUGGAUUGGCGCCCCUCGAGGCUUGGACUUCAAUGUUUCGGAAUCCUCUUAUCCUCUGUCCACUCUGCCACUGCUUGUUACUACCACUGUUGCCUUCACCUUUAUUUCUACUACAUAUGAAACUCGAUUCAUCGUGAAUUCGGAAUCUUGGACCAAGUGAUUAUCGUCAAAGUCGCUCGCUCGAUCGCUCGCCUGAGUGAGAAGGUCACCAGCUUGUACCACCUCAACUCCGACUGCGGCAGAAGUCACUCACUUCGACUCUCCGCUUGACUUUGGACUCACUCUCAUACUUGGGCCUCUUUGGUCGACUCACACUCGCUCUCUUCGACCAGAACUUCCCUCAACACACACCUCUAAGACCUCAUAAACUCCAACAUGGAACUCUCCUCCCUCGUGCGACGGCAAUAUUACGAUGAUGGGCCGGGCUGGUGGUAUUCAGAUACAGCCUAUAUCAUCAAAUGGUCCGUCAUUGCCUUCCUAGUCAUCGCCUGCCUGGCAUUCUUCCUCGGAGCAUACCUGCACGCACGACGCCGCAUGGCCAAAGGACAACCACCAUUACGGUACCAUAGAUGGCUCGUUCCCCGUCGGUCACGCUAUGCCUUUGCCCAAGCACAUCCUGAACAUGCCCAUCAUUUCUCCUUCUAUCGCAACGCCCGACCCGGUCAAUAUGGCUAUGCUCCCGGCCAGACCUAUCAGAUGGGACAUUAUGGGGCGCCGCCACCUGGUAAGUCUAGUUGUUACGACGAGGAGACCGAUUCGAUUUGUUUGGGCUUCGAUAUUGACUAUGGUUUUUCUUACAGCCUAUCACGAACCAGAAUACGUGCCUGUUUACACACCUGCUGCGCCAAAUAAGACAGAUCCAAAUCAGACAUAUACUGCACCUCCCGCCACCGACGGGUCGCAGCCAUACGGGGCUGGGCCUAGUCAGCCUCCGCCAGCAGCAGCGUUGGGUCAAAGAUGAGCAUUCUUGUCUGUUGACAGGUGGAUUGCGCAUGCUGGAGCCACGCCACUCCAGCGGGUUGUAGUCAGAAAAUAGCAGAUACAGAUCUCGAGUCGGAGUUACUCCAACCCACUCUGCAUGGCAUAGGGGAUGGAUUGAAACAAAGGCAAAUACAUGCAAGGCGUUGGUGGUGAUCGGCGAGCGACGGUUUCGUCUGCUAAAAUAUUGAUUGAUUCAUAAAAAUUUUGGUGCAUACAUACAUAUAUACAUAUAUGUCUCCUCUCCGUCUCGUA